AUGACCAAUCCUCAUUCAAAUAUUCAAGAGAUUCAGCUGCAGUCCGGGCCGAGGGCCAGCACGGAGUUCCUGGGCGGCCUGGCCAUCGACAUCUCUGGAGGGAUGGAGUUCAGCCUGUGGUACAGAGAAUCCAAAACCAACGUCAAGAACCGGAUAGCCAUGUUUAUAGCUGGUAACACCGAGGUGGAUUCCUUCUUUAUGAAAACUGGUAUGGAAACCACUUUGGAAGUAGAAACGGCCUUAGACUUCAUCUCCACAGUGCAGUUUUCACAGUACCCGUUUUUGGUCUGUAUGCAGAUGGACAAAGUCGAGUCUCCGUUCAGGCGUUACGUGACCAAGUAUGAAAGCCUCCCGUCUGGCAGGCGGUACACUGCAAAGAGAGGGAAGGCAGAACUGUUGGCAGGGAAUGAAUUCCCUCUCCACCAAGAAAACUCCAACAUGUGCAGGAAAGUUUUCGGCGCAAAGUCCGAUUCCUCCAGCGGCUGGUUUUGAAGCGAGCACCUGAGCUUUUGCUUCCCUGAAUCCGCGGCUCCCUCACUGACUUAGGCUUGCACGUACCCUACCAACUCGGAGCUUGAUCUUGCACUUCUGCAGUUAAUGGGAAAUUUGCCAUUGAUUUCAACAGGCCAGGAUCAAACUCUCAGUGCGUGCACAGUGUUUACAUAUUAACCUAUAUUUAAGACUUUUGUAAAAAGAAAAAAGCUAAGGCAAAUAAAGUCCGAUUUGGUAGUAUUCCAUGCACUCCCUUAAGGGUGGUGCUAGUUCUUUCUUUUUACUUUUUCAUGCCAAAACCAAAAAUAACCCCUCAUUUUUAUUUCUUGGGGAAUACAGAAGUCCAUGUCUCUGACAUGCAGUAAGAACAAUUAUGAUAUGUAAAGAACAAUUAUUUAUGGGUAUAUUUUAAAGUAUUUAGGUGUUUUAGGCCUAUGACCAAUCCUCAUUCAAAUAUUCAAGUACAAUUAACAUCUAAACGGGACCAUGAAUUCCUGCUUACUCAGUAUUGCCUGUUUACAAAGAAGCAGGUUUUGUUUUAUAUGAUUUUAAAGGAUUUUCCCUUUUUUUAAAGCAGACAGAGCCUGAUUGUUAUUAUUAUUUAUCUUUUGGGGUUUUUUAUUAGCUGCUGUAGUUAAAUACAAUUGAUUAAAAAUGUGGGGUCACAUUUCCAGAAAUACUUACAGUUGCCUUAAUUCUGUUCCCGUUGAAAUCAAUGGUAUAAUUUCCAUAGUUAUCACCAGGAGCAGAGUUAAGCCAACACCGGUUGCUCUUCAAGGUUGCCUCCCAAAAAUUUGUGUCCCUGUGUGCAAUCAAGGCAGUUAUAUUUCAAAAAGGAGCACCCACUAAGGCAAUUCUGAACUAUGAUGAAGGAAAAAGUGCUGAAAGAAAUCCAUUUUGAAUACACAGUCUCACAAAGCAUGUGCAGAGCCAGAACAUUUUCUUCUAGGUAAGUUAGGCUCAUAUUUCAAUGCCAAAAAGUAAUCACUACUCAUACAAGUCCUCCAAUUAAAAUGACUUACACCUUUUUGCUUGUUCAAGAGGUGUCUUCACAGGAACUGUGUAAAAAAAAAAAAAAAAACACACAAAAAAAAAUGUUUUACAUUUACAACAGCAUUGCAGAUUAAGAAAGAAUAUACCUCAUCCCAGCUCAGCUGAUCUCUGACAUGAUCCAUCUGAUUUAAUUUUUAAAGGACAAGGUGGGUGAGUGCUGGUCACAAAAAAA